CAGCCCCCCUGAGCACCAGUACAGUAGUGCGACGAGAGCAGCUAUGCAGUGUGUACACCAGCUCUCAUCACCAGCCUGAUGCUAAACUUUGGCCAGCGCUGACUUCCAAGGUUUGUUCUCGAGUUCUUCUGGUUCUCCUAGCGUGGUGGAGUUGAAUGUAAGGAAAGCACAAAGCUCCAGAUGCCAUUGACUGAAGUGAACGCGAGCGAUAAGAGGACACACCGAGCAGGCAGAAAGUUUUCUGGAGGAAGAAACCAUUUCCUUUUGUUUUCUUUCUGAAGAACAUUGAUUGCUUUCCGCCAAGCAAGGAAACAUCAGUGCUCAAAGCGAACGUCUUUAUGGAAAAGCUCUUUGUGGCUUUUUUCUAGAACAGCAUUCUGAUUUGAAUUAAUAGAACUAAAGCCAGAAAAGACAAAAACAAAGAAGAAGAAGAAGAAGAAGUGUAAGGAUGGCGAAUUCAGGAUUUCAGCUCAUGGGCUACUUCUUGGCUCUGGGCGGCUGGAUCGGGAUCAUCUCCACCACCGUGCUGCCCCAGUGGAAGCAAUCUUCGCAUGGCGGAGAAGCCAUCAUCAUGGCAGUGGGGCUGUACGAGGGGCUGUGGAUGUCCUGCGCAUACCAGAGUACGGGGCAGGUGCAGUGCAAGAUCUUCGAAUCGCUGCUGUCCCUCGACAUCCACAUUCAGACAUGCCGAGCUCUGAUGGUCAUAUCUGUGCUGAUGGGCUUCAUUGGUGUUAUAGUGAGUGUAGUAGGCAUGAAGUGCACCAGGGUGGGUGACAACAACCCCGCCACCAAGGCCAAGAUCGCUAUAGCAGGAGGAGGCCUCUUCCUACUCGCAGGUUUGUGUACGCUGGUGUCCGUGUCCUGGUACGCAACACAAGUCUCCGUUCACUUUUUCGAUCCAAACACACCUCACAAUGCCAGGUAUGAAUUUGGCUCUGCCCUGUUUGUCGGAUGGGCGGCGGCCUGCUUGACGAUCCUGGGCGGCUCUUUCCUCUGUUGCUCCUGCGCUAACGAGGCCCGAGGCGGGCAGCAGUAUUACCGGCAAUCACAACCCUCCACUGGCAGAGAGGCUGAGUUAUUGAGCGAGACUAGUUUCCCAGACUGACCAAACCUCCCUGCCUUUACUCGAGGACUGGUCAAGCUCCGCUCUCUGUUUUCUGUUCCCUACUCUACUCUUCUACCUAGAUUUCAAAUUGUCUCUCUGCUAUACUGUACGCUGUGUCACGUCUUCCUUCUUUAAGUCAGAUCCUGAUGAAGAACAAAUGUGGGUCGAAGAAUUUUGUUUGAUGUUUGUGUAUGCUUGUGGUAUAUUAGUGUGUGUGUGUGUGUGUGUGUCUGGUUUAUCCGACGUCCCCCCCUAAAUCUUUGUUUCUAAGUGUCUACGCGUUAUUCUCUCCACUCUAACCCAGUAUGACAUUUUAUUUUCGUUUUAACUGCAAACUUAAACGUGUCUUUUUCUUUUAAAUUGCAGAGCAAAUGUUAAAAGUUCUCCACCAGACAAAGGGGAGCAGUUCUUGUAGUUUGGGAGAGGGGCGACUCCGUUGGUCUCACGCUGGGUUAGAUUUUGGCAACUGACAAGACACUCUCUUGGAAAUAGAUAAAGUAAAACAAAUGACGGAUAAUUGUUUAAUUUUGAGAAAAUAAAAAACGAAUGAAGACGAAGAGAAUUGACGUACUACUGUUAGAAAUGAUCUGUACUAUGAACCAUCAUGUACGUACUUCUGAAUGCAUUCUUAGAUCUAUCAAAAGACGUGAUAUUGUACUGUAAAGGCUCAGUGUUGCUCUAUAUGCCACUGAUAAAAAAAUUUCAACAUGGAGUGAGCCAAACGCAGAGAUUGUGAAAACUUCCUUCGAAAGAUUUUUUUUUUUUGUUGUUGUUGUAAAAUUAGACCACAGUUGUAUCUUUCAUGAGACUUGAUUCAGGGUACGUUAAUGAUGCAUUUGAUCAGUUAUGCAAGAUAUUCACUGUUGUUGUUGUUGUUGUUGUUGUUGUUGUGUAGCGUAAUAGCGUGUCAAUGCAUAACCAAGCUUUCACUUAGAUUUGACUUUUUUUUUUUAUCUCUAAUCUGAACAAGACCGAAAUGACUUUCCUGUUUAUUUUCGGAAUAUCCUUCAUUUUCAGAGGCUUCGUCCUCGAUGUAAUGAAGUUUUAUCGCGUUAUUGUAAAGUUUCGAUUAAAAUAAGACCCACACACACACACACACACACACACACACACACACACACAUACACAAACAUAGAACAGAUGCUUUCUGCUGUUGCUUGUUCGUUUUUUCUUUCUUUUUGCUCUCUCUCUCUCUCUCUCUCUCUCUCUCUCUCGCUCUCUAAAACAUUUAGUGCACAGAUGAUUUGUGGAGAUGAAAUUCGGACCCCUGACUCGCUCAGGUGUUUGGGUUCAGCUCACACUGAGACGCACUGGUCUACUUUUUCAUUAGAUGUCAUUCGUGUGUCACGGCUGUUUGUUCUCUUGUAAUCACGAAUCCUUUUUUUUUUCUUUAUAUUUUCCAGCCAACUUGUCUCCUAAUAUUGAAAUAUGUACCAUCUCAAAUAAAGUGUCUUCUGUUUGUUUUUUUUCUCCCGUUUUUAAAAUGAAAUAAAAAAAAAACAACAAAACACACAAAAUGAA